AUGUGUUAUAUUCAGGCAGAAAAAUGGCUGAAUGCCAGAGCUCUCCGGGAAGUGAGGACAAGCCACCCGGGGGUCUCCAAUCGAGCCCAGGCGGCGGCCACGUGUCGAGGGAAGCCGCCCGGGGUUUCCCCUCCCAGCACAGUCGCCGCCUCCAGUGGGCGGAGAGCCCAGCAGCCUCGCAGCCUCCCCGCCCCCUCCGGGCCUCGUCCCUUCACAUCCCCUCCCUCCCAUCGGAAUUCGCAGCCUCCGCCGUUCUUUCCAUCCCCCAGCGGCCUCCCUCCGGGGAUUAUUUUUGAGGAAGCGGGGGAGUCGAGGAGGCGGUGGGCUCAGCACUCGAACCCGGCCGGCACGCCGGCCGUCGCCCGGCCCCCAGCGGCACGGCCGCCGCUCAGAGCGCCUGAGCGAGACCGCGGCCUCGCUCCCGUCCGCGCGGAGAAGCCGGUGGGGCUCAGGGGGCCGCGGCGCAGCCCAGCACGGCCCUCGGGCUUCCCAGGCCGCACCGACCCCCGCGCCUCCCCGGCCGCCCCCGAGCGUAGCGCCGGCCGCUCCGGAGGCCCUCGCGGGCUACGGGCUACCAAACUCUGCGGACCGCUCGGGCUCCGGCCUCACGGGACGACCCGGGAGGCCCCAGAGGCCAGCGGCCCCCCGCUGUCGGCUCCGCGUCCCUCCCCUCCGCGCAGGCCGCCGGACCACUUCUGCGCCCCCCCUUUCCCUUUCAGGCCCCCAUCCGUUACCGGUGGUUAG